AUGAGCUCAAUACCUCCUCCGCCUCCUCCUGGAUGGGGCUCCGGUCCUCCCCCACCACCAGGCAUGACUGGUGCAGCUGCGCCGCCACCUCCUCCAGGUUAUCGACCUGCACCCGAUCCCCAGAAAGCCAAGUUGGACCAGCGUAAGAAGGAAUGGCUACGGACCCAGAAGAACCGUUUCGGGGAGAAGCGCAAAGGUGGUUUUGUCGAGACGCAGAAGGCUGAUAUGCCGCCGGAGCAUUUGCGAAAGAUAGUCAAGGAUAUUGGUGAUGUGUCGCAGAAAAAGUACAGUAGUGACAAGAGGAGUUACUUGGGUGCGCUGAAAUAUAUGCCCCAUGCGGUCUUGAAAUUGCUGGAGAACAUGCCUAUGCCUUGGGAGGCUGCACGAGAGGUUAAAGUGCUGUACCAUGUAAAUGGCUGUCUGACUCUAGUCAACGAGACGCCACGAGUCAUCGAGCCUGUAUUUCAUGCACAAUGGGCAGCCAUGUGGGUGGCCAUGAGGCGAGAAAAGAGUGAUCGAAGACAUUUCAAGCGUAUGCGAUUUCCACCAUUUGACGACGAAGAGCCACCGCUAGACUGGUCGCAGAACAUCGAGGACGUUGAGCCAAGUGAGCCGAUUCAGCUAGAACUCGACGAGGACGAAGAUAGUGCUGUACAUGAGUGGUUCUACGAACACAGACCUCUGCUUGACACUACCCAUGUGAAUGGACCGAGUUACCGGACCUGGAACCUUUCAUUACCACAGAUGGCUACACUAUACAGACUUUCGAAUCAGCUUCUCAGUGAUGUCGUGGACAAGAACUACUUUCAUAUGUUUGACAGAGAGAGCUUCUUCACUGCAAAGGCACUGAAUGUCGCUAUUCCAGGUGGUCCCAGAUUCGAGCCGCUGUACAAGGACAUUGAUCCAAACGACGAAGAUUUUGGUGAAUUCAACGCCAUUGACAGAAUCAUCUUCCGCGCUCCUAUUCGAACCGAAUACAGAGUCGCGUUUCCAUACCUGUACAACUCUCUACCCAGAAGUGUCAAGCUGAGCUGGUACUCGCACCCUCAAAAUGUGUAUGUCAAAUCAGAAAAUCCUGAUCUGCCUGCCUUUUAUUUCGAUCCUGUUAUCAAUCCUAUCUCAAGUCGAUCUGUUGCGCCAAAGAACAUUACAGUCAGCCACGAGGACGAAAUAUUCGGAGUUGGAAAUAAUGAGGACGAAGAAUUUGAGAUGCCAGCAAGUGCUGAACCGUGGCUUGCGGAUGAGGAACUCUACACAAGCGAGACUGCUUCAGCAAUCGGUUUGUGGUGGGCGCCAUACCCAUUCAACAAGCGUUCGGGCAAAAUGGUGCGAGCACAGGACGUGCCAUUGGUAAAGCAAUGGUAUUUGGAACACUGUCCGACUGGACAACCUGUCAAGGUCCGAGUCUCAUACCAGAAGAUGCUGAAGAGCUAUGUGCUGAAUGAGUUGCACAAGAAGAAACCAAAAGCACAAAACAAGCAAGAUCUACUCAAGACGCUCAAGUCAACAAAGUUCUUCCAGCAGACCUCAAUUGACUGGGUUGAGGCUGGAUUGCAGGUCUGCCGUCAAGGCUUCAACAUGCUCAAUUUACUCAUUCACAGAAAGAACUUGACCUAUUUGCACCUGGAUUACAACUUCAACCUGAAACCUGUCAAGACAUUGACUACGAAGGAGCGCAAGAAGUCUCGGUUCGGAAAUGCUUUCCAUUUGAUGCGAGAGAUUCUCCGGCUGACAAAGCUCAUUGUCGAUGCACAGGUCCAAUAUCGUCUUGGUAACAUAGACGCAUUCCAGCUUGCUGAUGGCAUUCUGUACGCGUUCAAUCAUGUCGGUCAAUUGACUGGCAUGUACAGAUACAAAUACAAGCUUAUGCACCAGAUCCGAUCUUGCAAGGAUCUCAAGCACUUGAUCUACUAUCGGUUCAACUCUGGUCCUGUCGGCAAGGGUCCUGGUUGUGGUUUCUGGGCACCAGCCUGGCGAGUCUGGUUGUUCUUCCUACGUGGUAUCAUUCCUUUGCUCGAGAGAUGGCUUGGAAACUUGCUCUCCCGACAAUUCGAGGGUCGUCAUAGCAAGGGCGUCGCAAAAACUGUUACCAAGCAACGUGUCGAAUCACAUUUUGACCUCGAACUGCGAGCCUCAGUCAUGGCCGACCUACUUGACAUGAUGCCCGAAGGUAUCAAGCAGAACAAGGUCAACACUAUUCUGCAGCACUUAUCAGAAGCAUGGCGAUGCUGGAAGAGUAACAUACCUUGGAAGGUACCUGGUCUUCCUGCUCCGAUCGAGAACAUCAUCCUCCGAUACGUGAAGAGUAAAGCAGAUUGGUGGAUUUCUGUCGCACACUACAAUCGAGAAAGAAUACGAAGAGGAGCGACUGUUGACAAGACUGUUGCCAAGAAGAACCUCGGCCGCCUGACUCGAUUGUGGCUGAAGUCCGAGCAAGAAAGACAGCACAACUACAUGAAAGAUGGUCCUUACGUUUCGUCAGAGGAGGCUGUUGCCAUCUACACCACGACUGUACAUUGGCUAGAGUCAAGAAAGUUCUCACCAAUACCAUUCCCAAGUGUAUCAUACAAGCAUGACACGAAGAUUCUCAUUCUUGCUCUCGAGAGACUGCGAGAGGCAUACUCUGUCAAAGGUCGUCUCAAUCAAUCUCAGAGAGAAGAGCUCGCACUUAUCGAGCAGGCUUACGACUCUCCUGGCACUACCCUAGCUCGCAUCAAGCGUUUCCUCCUUACUCAACGUGCCUUCAAGGAAGUAGGUAUUGAUAUGAACGACAACUACACCAGCAUCAAUCCUGUCUACGAUAUCGAGCCUAUUGAGAAGAUCACCGAUGCAUAUCUCGAUCAGUACUUAUGGUAUCAAGCAGAUACAAGAAACCUUUUCCCAUCAUGGAUUAAGCCAUCAGACUCUGAAGUGCCACCUUUGCUGGUGUACAAAUGGGCUCAAGGUAUCAACAACCUGACCAAUGUCUGGCAGACAGAAAACGGUGAGACCAACGUCAUGAUGGAGACGCAGCUAUCGAAGGUCUAUGAGAAGAUGGACUUGACGCUCCUCAAUAGAUUGCUGCGUCUAAUCAUGGAUCACAACUUGGCUGAUUAUAUCACCUCAAAGAACAAUGUCCAACUAAAUUACAAGGACAUGAACCACAUUAACAGUUAUGGUAUGAUUCGAGGCCUUCAAUUCUCAGGCUUUGUCUUUCAAUACUACGGCUUGGUCGUAGAUCUGCUUUUGCUUGGUCUUCAGCGUGCUAGCGAUUUGGCAGGACCACCGUCGAGUCCGAACGACUUCUUGCAGUUCAAGGACAGGGAAACAGAGACAAGACAUCCAAUCAGACUAUACACGAGAUAUAUUGACAAGAUAUGGGUCUUCUUGCGGUUCAGUCAGGAAGAGUCCAAGGACUUGAUACAACGAUUCCUAACUGAGCAGCCUGACCCCAAUUUCGAGAACGUCAUCGGUUACAAAAACAAGAAGUGCUGGCCACGAGAUUCGAGAAUGCGGCUCAUGCGACACGACGUCCACUUGGGUCGUGCUGUCUUCUGGGACAUGAAAAACAGGCUACCACGAUCAGUCACAACUAUUGAGUGGGAUGACACUUUCGCGAGUGUGUAUUCCAGAGACAAUCCAAACUUGCUCUUUUCGAUGUGUGGUUUCGAAGUCAGAAUUCUGCCAAAGAUCAGAAACACGAGCGAGGAAUUCCAAGUCAAGGACAGUGUUUGGGCCCUGGCCAACAAUGAGACGAAGGAGCGAACAGCUUAUGCAUUCUUGCAGGUCACCGAGGAGGAUAUUGCCAAGUUCAAUAACCGCAUCAGACAGAUUUUGAUGUCUUCUGGCUCGACGACCUUCACCAAGAUUGCUAACAAGUGGAAUACAACUCUCAUUGCGCUCUUCACAUACUACCGUGAAGCUGCUGUCUCCACUGUCAACUUGCUCGACACCAUUGUCAAGUGCGAAACCAAGAUUCAGACUCGUGUCAAGAUAGGCCUGAACUCCAAGAUGCCUAGUCGUUUCCCACCUGCUGUUUUUUACACGCCGAAGGAGCUUGGUGGUCUUGGUAUGAUUUCUGGCUCUCACAUUUUGAUCCCCACCAGCGAUAAGCGAUGGUCGAAGCAGACAGAUACAGGUGUCACCCAUUAUCGGGCUGGUAUGUCUUCCGAUGAAGAGACCCUGAUACCAAAUAUUUUCAGAUACAUCAUUCCAUGGGAGGCAGAGUUCAUUGACUCACAGAGAGUAUGGACUGAAUAUUCACAGAAGCGUCUGGAAGCUAACCAGCAGAACCGACGACUAACUCUGGAGGACCUCGAGGACAGCUGGGACCGUGGUCUGCCACGUAUCAACACACUUUUUCAAAAAGAUCGAAGUACAUUGAGCUUUGAUAAAGGUUUCCGUGCUAGAACAGAAUUCAAGCAAUACCAACUCAUGAAGAGCAACCCGUUCUGGUGGACCAGCCAGCGACAUGACGGCAAACUGUGGAAUUUGAAUGCAUACAGGACUGACGUCAUCCAAGCACUAGGGGGUGUUGAGACUAUCCUGGAGCACACCCUGUUCAAAGCAACAGCAUUUCCAUCAUGGGAAGGUCUUUUCUGGGAAAGAGCCAGUGGUUUCGAAGAGUCAAUGAAGUUCAAGAAGUUGACCAAUGCUCAGCGAUCCGGUCUCAACCAAAUUCCUAACCGUCGUUUCACACUUUGGUGGUCGCCCACGAUCAAUAGGGCGAACGUCUAUGUUGGCUUUCAAGUUCAACUUGACUUGACUGGUAUCUUCUUGCAUGGCAAGAUCCCAACACUGAAGAUCUCGUUGAUUCAAAUCUUCCGUGCUCACUUGUGGCAGAAGAUCCACGAGUCUGUCGUCAUGGAUCUUUGCCAGGUUUUCGACCAAGAGCUUGAACAGUUGGGCAUUGAGACUGUGCAGAAGGAGACUAUUCACCCUCGCAAAUCCUACAAGAUGAAUAGCUCCUGCGCGGAUAUCUUGCUGUUUGCAAGUCACAAGUGGAACGUGACUCGUCCUUCAUUGUUGUUUGAUACCAAGGACCAGAUUGAAUCGACAACAACGAACAAGUAUUGGGUCGAUUUGCAAUUGCGUUAUGGAGACUAUGACAGCCACGACAUCGAGCGGUACGUCCGGGCCAAAUAUCUGGACUACACGACCGACAGCAUGAGUAUCUACCCCUCCUCUACAGGUGUCAUGAUCGCAAUUGAUCUAGCGUACAACCUGUAUUCAGCAUACGGACAGUAUUUCCCUGGACUCAAGGCGUUGUUGCAACAAGCCAUGGCCAAAAUCAUGAAGGCCAACCCUGCUCUGUACGUGCUUCGCGAACGUAUCAGAAAAGGCCUGCAACUAUAUGCUUCCGAAAGCAACCAAGAAUUCCUCAACUCUCAGAACUAUAGCGAGCUCUUCAGCAACCAAACACAAUUCUUUAUCGACGACACGAACGUCUACCGUGUGACGAUACACAAGACCUUCGAAGGUAACCUGACCACAAAGCCUAUAAAUGGCGCUAUCUUCAUCUUCAAUCCUCGAACAGGUCAGCUUUUCCUCAAGAUCAUUCAUACGAGUGUCUGGGCUGGACAGAAACGUCUCGGACAGCUCGCUAAAUGGAAGACUGCCGAGGAAGUGGCUGCUCUGAUUCGGUCACUGCCAGUGGAGGAGCAACCAAAGCAAUUGAUCGUGACGAGGAAAGGUCUCCUCGAUCCUCUUGAAGUGCAUCUGCUUGACUUCCCCAAUAUCUCAAUUCGUGCUUCUGAGCUGCAACUGCCUUUCCAGGCUGCAAUGAAGGUCGAAAAGCUUGCUGACAUGAUUCUGCAAGCCAAAGAACCGCAGAUGGUGCUAUUCAACUUGUUCGAUGACUGGCUCAAGACCAUCUCUUCGUAUACUGCUUUCUCUCGUCUUGUGCUGAUUCUAAGAGCUCUGCACGUCAAUACAGACAAGACUAAGCUCAUCCUACGUCCUGAUAAGACUGUCAUUACCCAGCCACAUCACAUCUGGCCAUCACUGUCCGAUGAGGACUGGCAGAAGGUGGAAGUUCAACUUCGAGAUCUCAUCCUCAACGAUUAUGGAAAGAAGAACAAUGUCAAUGUCCAGUCGCUGACCAGCAGUGAAGUCCGAGAUAUCAUCCUCGGUAUGGAAAUCUCAGCUCCGUCAUUGCAACGGCAGCAAGCAGCAGAGAUUGAGAAACAGCAGCAGGAGCAAGCUCAACUCACAGCUGUAACAACGAAGACAGUCAAUGCUUUGGGACAGGAAACAAUCGUCACAACAACAUCUCAGUACGAGCAACAGGCAUUCGCCUCCAAGACAGAAUGGCGAACUCGGGCAAUCGCAACCUCCAAUCUACCAACGAGAGCGAACAACAUUUACAUCUCUUCGGAUGAUGUUCAGGAGUCGGAUGAUAGCUAUACUUACAUCCUACCAAAGAAUGUUCUCAAGAAGUUCAUCACUGUUGCUGAUUUCCGAGUACAGAUCGCCGGUUACCUAUACGGCUCGUCGCCGCCAGACAACAGCUCCGUCAAGGAGAUCCAAACCAUUGUCAUGGUACCACAAGUUGGCUCUACGAGAGAUGUGCAGCUACCUCACCAACUGCCACAGCACGAAUACCUCAAGAACCUCGAGCCAUUGGGUAUCAUUCACACAGCCAGCGGCAAUGCAACACCAUAUAUGCCAGCACAAGACGUCACUGCUCACGCCAAGUUGAUGCAAGCCCAUCCCUCUUGGGACAAGAAGACUGUGACCCUUACUGUGUCAUUCGUUCCUGGUUCUAUCGCUCUUUCUUCCUGGAAUCUAACACCAGCAGGCUACGAGUGGGGUGCUCAGAACAAGGAUACACAAUCAGACAAUCCAUCUGGCUUCCGUACCGACUUCGGUGAGAAGUCACAGUUGCUCCUCAGUGACAAGAUUCGAGGUUACUUCCUGGUUCCAGAGAACGAUGUUUGGAAUUACAGCUUCAUGGGAGCGAGCUUUAGUGGACGGGUUGAAAAGGGUGCUGUAUAUGUCAAGGUCGACCAGCCUAAGAGAUUCUACGAAGGUGUGCAUCGACCAGUACAUUUCGCUAGCUUCAAUGAGCUGGAGGACACCUGGGCUGAUAGGGAUGACGUUUUUGCAUGA